GCUCCAUCACUGGCUGGAUCCGAGAGCCCGGCCUCCUUUCUCAUUGGACUGCGCGGCCAAGCCAAACUGUCAGCCCAUGUGGCGUGGCCAGGCCGAAUGUGAGACAUUUAAAUUCAUCCGAGAAAAGAGACCGAGAGGAGCGCGCAGGCUAACGCUCAGCUCGCAGACAAGCGAAACCGACAGGGACAGACCCUUACCGAAGCUACAGUCAGAGGAGCAGCACCGUAAUUCAGCAUGGAUGAGAUAGUCAUAGCAGGGAUAUCGGGCCGUCUGCCCGAGUCCAACAAUCUGGAGGAAUUCUGGGAAAAUCUCAUCGGUGGCGUGGACAUGGUGACGGAGGACGACCGGCGGUGGACACCAGGUCUGUACGGUCUUCCAAAGAGGAACGGUAAGCUAAAGGACAUCAGCCACUUCGAUGCAGCCUUCUUCGGAGUCCACCCCAAACAGGCCAACACCAUGGACCCCCAGCUCCGUCUCAUGCUGGAGAUUGCCUACGAGGCCAUCGUAGAUGGAGGACUGAACCCGGCCGCACUGCGUGGCAGUAAGACGGGCGUGUACAUCGGGGUGAGCGGCUCAGAGGCCGGCGAGGCGUUAAGCAGAGAUCCAGAGGAGCUGCUGGGCUACAGCAUGACGGGCUGCCAGCGUGCCAUGCUGGCCAACAGACUCUCCUACUUCUUCGACUUCAGUGGCCCCAGCACGGCCAUCGACACAGCCUGCUCCUCGAGCUUGCUGGCUCUAGAAAACGCCUUCCACGCCAUUCGCCAGGGCCACUGUGAUGCCGCUCUGGUGGGGGGGGUCAACCUGUUGCUCAAGCCCAACACCUCGGUGCAGUUCAUGAAACUGGGCAUGCUCAGUCCUGAGGGGACCUGCAAGUCCUUUGAUGCAUCAGGAAAUGGAUACUGUCGCUCUGAGGCUGCAGUGGCGGUGCUUCUGACCAAGCGGUCGGCAGCUAAAAGGGUCUAUGCCACAGUGGUCAACGCUGGCAACAACACAGACGGAUAUAAAGAGCAGGGUGUAACGUUCCCUUCAGGUGAGAUGCAGCAGAGGCUGGUUCGUUCUCUGUACCAGGAGGCCAAUAUAUCUCCCGAGCAGGUGGAGUACGUGGAAGCUCACGGCACGGGAACAAAGGUUGGCGACCCGCAGGAGGUGAACGGCAUUGUCAGUGUCUUCUGUGAGUCAGAGCGAGAGCCUCUGCUCAUGGGCUCCACCAAGUCCAACAUGGGCCAUCCCGAACCAGCUUCUGGUCUGGCUGCUCUGGCUAAGGUGGUGCUUUCUUUGGAGCGAGGACUCUGGGCUCCCAACCUGCACUUCAGUUGUCCGAACCCUGACAUUCCAGCACUCUCCGAUGGGCGGGUUCAAGUCGUUGACCGGCCUAUUCCUGUCCGAGGUGGCAUUGUAGGCAUCAACUCCUUUGGAUUUGGAGGUUCAAACGUUCACGUGAUCCUUCGCCCGGCUGAGAAACCAACCAACGAAACUCCCACGACCAGGACGGUUCCCAGGCUGCUCCAGGCCUGUGGGCGCACAGAGGCCGCCGUGGAGGCCUUGCUGCAAAAGGGGAAGGAACAGACGGCUGACGACAGCUUCCUGUCCUUGCUGAAUGAGCUCUCAGGAGCUCCGGCUGCAAGCAUGCCCUACCGAGGCUACGCUGUGAUUGGCUCCCAGAGCGACGUCAAGGAGGUGCAGCAGGUGCAGGCCACCACCCGGCCACUCUGGUAUGUCUGUUCAGGUAUGGGAACACAGUGGGCCGGUAUGGGCCGCAGUCUCAUGCAGCUGCCAUACUUCAGGGAGUCCAUCCUGCGAUCGGACGCAGCCCUGAAGGACACAGGCCUGGUUGUGUCUAGCCUACUCAUGGAUGCAGACGAAGCCACGUUUGAGGACACUGUUCACGCCUUUGUCGGCCUCGCCGCCAUACAGAUAGCUGAAAUCGACCUGCUUAGUAAGCUGGGUCUGCAGCCCGACGGCAUCAUGGGCCACUCGGUGGGAGAGCUGGCCUGUGGCUACGCGGACGGCUCCCUCAGCCACACUGAGGCCAUCCUUGCUGCCUACUGGAGAGGCCGCUGCAUCAAGGAAGCCAACCUUCCUCCAGGAGGCAUGGCUGCUGUCGGGUUGACAUGGGUGGAGUGCAUGGCUCAGUGUCCUAAGGGAGUGGUCCCAGCCUGCCAUAACUCUGAGGACACCGUCACCAUCUCCGGUCCUCAGGAAGCAAUCAGUACGUUUGUGUCCAAGCUGAAAGAACAGGGAGUGUUUGCAAAGGAGGUACGCAGUGCUGGUGUGGCUUUCCACUCCUACUACAUGGCCUCCAUCGCUCCGACCCUGCUGGCUGCCCUGAAGAAGGUGAUCAAGGAGCCACGUCAGCGUUCCCCCCGCUGGGUGAGCACCAGCAUCCCUCAGUCUCAGUGGGACUCUCCUCUGGCUCAGUACAGCUCGGCCGACUACCACGUCAACAACCUUGUGAGCCCCGUGCUGUUCCACGAGGGCCUCAGCCUGGUGCCUGAAAACGCUGUGGUGGUGGAGAUCGCUCCUCAUGCUCUGCUGCAGUCCAUCCUGAAGCGUAGCUUGAAGCACACAUGUUCCAUCCUGCCCUUGAUGAAGAGAGGCCACACCAACAACCUGGAGUUCUUCCUCUCAAACAUUGGCAAAGUCUACAUGAACUGCAUCAGUGUGGAUGGUAACGGCCUCUGCCCAGUGGUGAAGUACCCCGUGCCCGUCGGUACCCCUAUGAUCUCCCCCUUGAUGCAGUGGGACCAUGCCCAGACCUGGGAUGUCCCCAAGGUGGAGGAUUUUUCCUGUGGCUCAGGAGGAUCCAAUUCGGCCACUGUCUAUAAUAUUGACAUAAACCCAGAGUCUGCAGACUAUUACCUGAUUGGACACUGCAUUGAUGGGCGUGUCCUGUACCCGGCGACGGGUUACCUGGUGCUGGCCUGGCGUACCUUAGUGAGAAGUCUGGGGGUUGUCAUGGACAGCACCCCCGUCACAUUUGAGGACGUAACCAUCCACAGGGCCACCAUCCUGCCAAAGAGCGGCUCGGUCCAGCUGAAGGUGCAUCUCAUGCCUGCCACCAACCGGUUUGAGGUUUCAGAGAAUGGAAACCUGGCUGUCAGUGGUAAGGUGAGCAUUCUGGAGGACGUAGCCCUCGAUUCAUUCCAUAAUCAGAUCAGUCAGCAAGCUGCCAACGACGAUGAUGAUCCUAAAAUGAAGCUUACAGCACACGAUAUCUACAAAGAGCUGCGACUGCGAGGCUAUGACUAUGGAAAGACCUUCCAAGGCAUCUUGGAGUCCAACAAUGCAGGAGACAGUGGCAAACUGCAGUGGACAGGAAACUGGGUGACGUUUCUGGACAACAUGCUGCAGAUGAUUGUGGUCGGGCUGUCGGGUCGUAGUCUACGUCUGCCAACCAGGAUCCGCUCAGUGUGUGUGGAUCCAGCUGUCCACCUGGAGAAGGUCUGCCAGCACACUGAUGGACAGCAAGCUUUGGCUGUCCACGUAAACCGCUGUCUCGACAACAUUCUUGCUGGUGGAGUCCAGAUCUGUGGCCUUCACGCCACUGUGGCCCCCCGUCGACAGCAGCAACAGAGCCCCCCCACCCUGGAAGAGUUUGUGUUUGUUCCAUAUGUGGACACAGAGUGCCUGACAGCCAAUGGGAAACUUGCAGAGCAGCUGAGGCUCUGUAAAGGUUUGACCCAGAGACUGCAGAAAAAGCUGGCCUCACACGGUGUCAAACUCUCCAUCCCCGGACUACAGGGGGCGUCAGAGGGCCCACUGCCCAGCCCCGAGCCCUCGGAGCCCAGCCUGGUGCGGCUGCUGGCUCUGCUCUGCGGCCUGGAGCUGAACGGGAACCUUCGAUCCGAGCUGGAACAGACUGUGGAGAAGGAGAGGGCGUGUCUGCUGCAGGACGGCCUGCUGCAGGGCCUGCUAGACAGCCCGGCCCUCAGACACUGCCUGGACACCGCCAUAGAAAACAGCACGCCCGGCAAGAUUAAAGUCCUGGAGGUGCUCUCCAACGAUGGCCAGCUCUUCUCUCGCUUGGUGGCGCUCCUCAACAUCCAGCCCAUGCUGCGCGUGGACUACACCGCCACAGCGACCAACCUGGACCUUCUGACCCCCCACCAGGCCACAAUGGAGGAGCUGGCAGUCUCAUCGGCUCAGUGGGACCCCGUGACGGGUCCGGCUCCUGGAGGCGUGGUAGGCGGGGCAGACCUCGUGGUUUGUAACCACGCAUGGGGCUCUCUAAGUGGGGACCCUGGACUCCUGGUGGCCAACCUGGCUUCUGGAGCCAAACAAGGGGGCUUUGUUCUCCUCCACACGCUGCUGAAGGGAGAGACUCUGGGGGAAACAGUUGCCUUUCUCUCUAGCACCGCUCAGAGCAGCAGCCAGCAAGGACUGCUGACACAGGCUGAGUGGGAGAAAGUGUUCUCUGAGGCCUCCCUCAGCCUGGUGGCUGUCAGGAAGUCCUUUUAUGGCUCAGCCCUUUUCCUGUGCCGCUGUCAGUCUCCAAGCAAACAGCCCGUUUUCCUCCCUGUGGAUGGCACCGACUACAAGUGGGUGGAAACACUCAAGGCGAAGAUGGCCGAGUCAUCAGACUGUCCAGUGUGGUUGACUGCUUCUAAAUCCCACUGCGGCAUUGUGGGAAUGGUCAAUUGCUUACGACAGGAGCCAGGUGGCAACCGAAUACACUGUGCAUUUGUAUCCAAUCUAAACGAGUGUUCAUCAGCGCCGAGCCUCCAUCCGGCCCACGAGUCCAUGCAGUCGGUGUUGGACGGGGAUCUGGUCAUGAACGUGUUCAGAGACGGACAUUGGGGCGUCUUCAGGCACCAGCUCAUCACUCGAGAUCUGAAUGAAGAAUUGACGGAGCAGGCCUAUGUCAAUGUGUUGACUCGAGGUGACCUCUCCUCUCUGCGCUGGAUCGCCUCCCCGCUCCGCCACUUUGUGACCAGCAACCCCAACAUUCAACUGUGUCGUGUAUACUACAGCUCACUCAACUUCCGAGAUAUAAUGCUGGCGACUGGCAAACUGCCACCAGAUGCUAUUCCAGGUGACCUAGCUCUGCAGCAGUGCAUGCUGGGUAUGGAGUUUUCCGGUCGUGACCCCACGGGUCAGCGUGUGAUGGGGCUGCUGCCUGCCAGAGGCCUGGCAACAAGUGUGGAUGCUGACAAACGCUUCCUCUGGAGUGUUCCCUCCAGCUGGACACUGGAGCAGGCAGCCUCGGUGCCGGUGGUCUACGCCACGGCCUACUACUCUCUGGUGGUGCGAGGCAGGCUCCGCCCCGGAGAGACUGUUCUCAUCCACUCCGGGUCAGGGGGUGUCGGCCAGGCUGCCAUCGCCAUAGCGCUCAGCAAGAACUGUAAAGUCUUCACUACCGUCGGCUCAGUGGAGAAGCGGGUCUACCUGCAGGAGAGGUUCCCUCAGCUUUCAGCAGAGUCCUUCGCCAACUCCAGAGACUCCUCUUUUGAACAGCAUAUCCUGCUCCGGACACAGGGCAAAGGUGUGGAUGUGGUACUGAACUCUCUGGCUGAGGAGAAGCUACAGGCUAGUAUUCGCUGCCUGGCCAGACAUGGACGAUUCCUGGAGAUCGGCAAAUUCGACCUGUCCAACAACUCCCCACUGGGCAUGGCUCUGUUCCUGAAGAACGUGGCAUUCCACGGCAUCCUGCUGGAUGCUCUUUUUGAAGAGGGCAACCGGGAGUGGGAGGAAGUGUCCCAACUGCUGAAGGAGGGCAUUGUGGGAGGUGUAGUCCAGCCUCUGAAGACCACAGUGUUUGAGAGGGACCAAGUGGAGCAAGCAUUCCGAUACAUGGCUCAGGGCAAACACAUUGGCAAGGUCCUCCUGCAGGUCUGCCAUGAGGAGAGGGGCUCAGGAGUCCAAACUGCUCCCCUUUUGUCUUUUCCAGCCUUCUGCCGCACCUUCUGCACCCCCUCCCACGCCUACAUCAUCACCGGUGGACUGGGGGGCUUCGGUCUGGAGCUGGCUCAGUGGCUGACAGAGAGAGGAGCCCGCAAACUGGUGCUGACCUCCAGAUCCGGCAUCAGGAAUGGUUACCAGGCGAAGCGAGUGCGUGAAUGGCAGAGUCGAGAUGUGGAGGUGCUGGUGUCGACCAAUGAUGUCGGCACGCUGGAGGGAACCGAGCGACUCCUCGCUGAGGCCAGCUUACUGGGCCCAGUUGGCGGCGUCUUCCACCUCGCCAUGGUGUUGAAAGACGGCAUGCUGGAGAAUCUGACUCCUCAGCUCUUCCUUGAUGUUAACAAACCUAAAUAUGACGGCACCAGAAACCUGGACAAAGUGACGAGAGACUUGUGUCCCGACCUCAGCCAUUUCGUGGCCUUCUCCUCAGUCAGCUGCGGCCGCGGCAACGCUGGCCAAAGUAACUAUGGUUACGCCAACUCAGCCAUGGAGCGCGUGUGUGAGCAGCGCCGCCACGACGGCUUACCUGGACUGGCAGUGCAGUGGGGUGCCAUUGGCGACGUGGGCGUGGUGCUGGAAACUAUGGGCGGCAACGACGCGGUGAUUGGCGGCACCCUGCCACAGCGCAUCACUUCCUGCCUGGAGGUGCUCGACCUCUUCCUGUGUCAGCAGCGACCGGUGAUGUCCAGCUUCGUACUGGCGGAGAGGGCGACGGUAAAGAGCGAGGCAGGAAGCCGGAGAGACUUAGUGGACGCUGUCGCUCACAUUCUUGGCGUGCGGGAUGUAAACAGCCUGAACGCUGACAUCUCCUUGGCUGACCUGGGCCUGGACUCCUUGAUGGGUGUUGAGGUUCGCCAGACUCUGGAGCGAGACUACGACAUUGUCAUGGCCAUGAGGGAGAUCCGGCAGGUCACCAUCAACAAGCUGCGAGAGCUGGCCAACAGCAAGCCCAGCGGAUCAAAUGAAUCUCAGACCGCGGCAGCUAAGAGGGACAGUGUGCGCUCUUUGCUGGAGGCUGAUCUGACCCAGCUGUUGGUCAACCCCAGCGGCCCCACGGUGACACCACUCAACAAGGUCCAGAGCCAGGAGAGGCCACUGUUCCUAGUCCAUCCCAUUGAGGGCUCCAUCUCCGCCUUUAAGACGCUCGCUUUCAAGCUGAGCAUGCCUUGCUACGGCCUGCAGUGCACCCAAGCUGCUCCUCUGGACAGCAUCCAGUCCCUGGCAGCCUACUAUGUGGACUGUAUCAGACAGGUUCAGCCAGACGGGCCCUAUUGCAUCGCUGGCUACUCCUUUGGUGCCUGUGUGGCGUUUGAAAUGUGCUCCCAGCUUCAGACCCACAAUCUGCCUGUGGAGUACCUCUUUCUGUUUGAUGGAUCACACUCCUAUGUGGCUGCAUACACACAGAGCUACACGGCCAAGCUGACUCCAGGCAAAGAGUCUGAGGCUGAAACCGAAGCCCUGUGUGCCUUCAUCCAGCAGUUCACCGGCAUCGCGUACAACAAGCUUCUGGAGACUCUCCUCCCACUGCCUGACCUGGAGGCCCGUGUCAACACCGCAGUGGACCUCAUCACCUCCAGCCACAAGAACAUCAGCCGAGAAUCGCUGCACUUUGCGGCCACCACCUUUUACUACAAGCUGAAGGCGGCUGACGGCUAUGUGCCUGCGUCAAAACUUCACGGCAACGUGACGCUACUGCGUGCCAAAACCAGCAGCGAAUACGAACAGAAACUGGGAGCUGACUACAAGCUCAGCGAGGUCUGCGAUGGCACAGUGUCGGUCCACGUCAUCGAGGGAGACCACCGCACCUUCCUGGAAGGGGAGGGGGUGGAGUCCAUCAGCAGCAUCAUCCACAGUUCACUGGCUGAGUCUCGGGUCAAAGCAAGGGAGGGCUAGACAUGUCCCCCCCACCCCCGC